AAAUCUUAUCUCAUGCCACGAGAUGAGUGGGAGGAUGUCAUGUUCUAUAUCUUGCACAACAUCAAGGAAGUUGAGGAUGAGUGGAUGAGGUAAUACCUUUGCACCAUUCUUUUAGUCAAUUCGUUAUGUUCACUUUGCCUAGUUCUUAUACCGCUUUUCUUAUUGUAGUCGAUUCGUUGAAGAAGAAUGGACGGGAAUGCUGCCUCCUUCUGAAGCGGAGGCACUUGCUCUUCUCCGAAAGGGUGCUGAUGGAAGGAAAAAUUUCGUUGCGUGGUUCAUCGAGAAAGGAAAUGAUCCGACCGAAUCAAUGGAUGAAGAAUUGAGAUGGGUUUCCAUGGGUUUUGAUCCUGUCGUCAUGACAUGCGAAAAGUAUGAUGUGAAUGGGUAUCGCUUCCAUACAGAGGAGCACCAGAACAGUCGGCCUGAUCCCAAAACCAUAAAUACCGGAGUCUUCACUGAAGGAGAUAAUGAAGUAGAUUACUACGGAAGGGUAGGAAAAAUAUACGAGCUUACAUUCAAACGUGGCCGCGAACACCUAAGUCUCACUGUGUUCAAAUGCCGAUGGUUCGACCCCAAUAAGGGUCUGAGACAUACGCCUUCUGUUGGUUUAGUUGAAGUUAAACCAUCAACCGUCUAUGCCGGAGCUGAUCUCUUUAUCGCCGCUACCCAGGCCACAAAAGUAUAUUAUCUGCCUUACCCAUGCCAGAAAGAGUACCUAAAGGGUUGGGAAGUUGUGUUCAAGGUGUCGCCGCAUGGUAAGCUACCGGACCCGAACGAUGAUGAUUACUACAACAUAAACCCCAUGACAUACGAGGGAGUGUUCUAUCAAGAGGAACAUGAUGACGUGGUCCAAAACAACGAGGAUGAUGACUUGGGUUAUGUUGACCUAGACCCAAACGACGACGACGCACGGAUUGAUGGUGAGGCAGUUGUGAAUCAAAGAGACAUAAUUAUGCUUGAAAAGUUAAAUGAAGACGCUGACGAUGAGGAAGAGCCUCCACCUCCGUCAGACAACGAAGAAGAUAUGCGUGAUAGUGAUGAUGAGACCGGUCCAGAAAUAGAUUACAAUAGUGAUGAUUCAUAUGGGUUCUAG